CUCCACACAGCAGGAACUGGUUGGGUCCUAUUCUGAGAGGGUUGGUUUGAAAUGAGAGUCUAAUGACUUAAUUAGUGAAAUGAGUUUUUGCCACUUAUCAGGGACAGUAGUGGAGGGUGAGGGGUGAGAUAACUAUUUGGAGCCAAUGAGGACCAGGCAGCAGCAGGAGAGCAGACAAGGAAACAGGAGAUGAAAGAGGGUGAGAAGGAUUCAGACACAGGAGAGAAGACAAGAUUUCCACAGCCCAAGGAGGGAGGAAAGGGGUCACCUCACAGCACGUGCUGCCACUAAAGGGGGCCUGAAACAUCAGACAGGGGGUCACCUGAUGCUGGGGAACCACUCACCUGAAGGGGGAUAUUUGGCCGACAGAGACUCUCACAGGUCCAGCAAUGCUCACAGAGAAGGUAACCUUCCUCCACAGGUGUCAGGAUCCCAACACCAGUUGGAUUUAGCAUGGGAAUGAAGAGUUCAGCCCUUACCCACUGACCUAUACUAGAAAGAGACUUUAGCCAGGUAGCCACUUACCACACUCCAAGGGCCACUUACCUCAGCACAACACAUUGUGGGACAGGAACAAGUGUGGUUCCUCUGGGGCAGUAAAGUCAUUGCUACUGAAGAUACCCCCUGCACCACAGAUACCCCAGGUCAGCCAGACCCAAUGCAGAAGAUCAUGGAAAACUCUCAGAGGUUCAGGAUUGAUGCCCUACUGGCGGAGGAGCGCCCCCUUCUGUUACCCCACCAGGGCAGAGAGCACCAAAUGUCUCAGUCAGCCUCACUGGCUCAGCUGUUCCCCAAGGCUGGCUUCCUGCCUCUGCCCAGCCUGUACCCAACUCCUUUAUAUCACCUGCCUACCCUGGGGGCCCCACAUCCAGCUUUCCAAUACAGCGGCUUCUCUGGGGGCCCUGCUCUUGGGAGCGACCACCUCAAGGCAGGCUCACUGCCCCUGGAGCACUGGCUGAGGGCUGGACUUCUCCUGCACAGAGGACAUGACCUACACUGUAAGUACUGGUCAUCUGGGUGGAGGGUGAUGGGCAUCUGGUUGGAGGGCAAUGCGGUAAUGGGCAUCUGGGUGGAAGGCAAUGCGGUGAUGGGUAUCUGGGUGGAGGGGCAAUGGGGUGAUGAGUAUCUGGGUGGAGGGCAAUGGGGUGAUGGGUAUUGGAGUGGAGGGCAACGGGUGAUGGGUAUCUGUGUGGAGGGCAAUUAGGUGAUGGGUAUCUGUGGUAGUAUGGGGGCAGGACAGUAAAUAUGGAAAGUUUAAUAUAAAACCCUAUAACAAGGAAUGAAUGGUGCCUCUCACUCCACAUACAAGGUAGGAAGUUCCUGAUUGAAUUAGUAGUCUGUACAGGGGGUACACUGAGGUAUAACAGGUGUGAAGUUCCUCUAUAAGUUGUAAGCUUUGCAGAUACCUGGAGCAGGUAGGUGCUCAUUGUGGAGGUUACACUGUCUGAUACUCAUGUGAAAAGAGUUUACUUUCUGUUAGACUGGUGACAUUAAUUCCCAAUAUCAGGGAUUUCAUCCCAUAGUCUGUUGGGCAGGUAGGUGCACAUUGAGUGUAAGGAUAAACUGAACCCCUGCUAUUUAUGUCACAGGAAGGUCCUAUAAACCCUGCUGUCUAUGUAAGGUAUGUCCUUAUAAUCUGUGUAAAAGGUUGACAGGUAGGUGGCAUGAGAUCCAUUGUAAGGUUUCUCUGUGGGAGAAUGAGGGUUUGACACAUUGUAUCUAGUUUUCUCUAAUUGAGCAUUUGUCUUUAAUGAGGGCCCCUGGGAGUCAGACAAUCACCAGCCCUUGUCCUCACUGAUAAUCCUUUGAAACUAAUGUCAACAGUCUGAUUUAAUGCCCCUGGGGAGGGCUGAGGGGUGUGCUGCAUGGCUUGUAGUGUGUUAUGCUUUGUUUCUGCACAAAAUACUGAGCAAAAUAAUCUACAUAGACUACAACUCUCGUAACUCCCAGACACAUAGAGAUUAAAUUGGUUUAGUGAAUAAACCCCUUUAGUUUUAUUUUGUAUAUGUGAGAUUAAUAACCAGCAUUUUUAAUACAAUGACAGAUGUUUCAUGUGUAGGUCAAAUUUACUUAAAAAUAACUUUUAAAAAAUUGAGUUCAACCACCCACACCACAACGUGCACCCAGAUAAUCUCUCUCUCACCCAGAUAAUUGUUUUGUUCAUUUAUACAAAGAAAUAGUCAUUAAUUAUCUCCUCAAACCAACAAAAGUUUGGUAGAACAGGUUUAUUUUUAAUCAAUUGCAAAUCGUAGUUUAAAAUACAAACAUUUAUUAACUUUAAUAAAAACAAGUAAACUCAUCACCGGAGAAAAAUUAGAUCACCUUGCCAAUACCUCCCAGACCUGGUCAAGGGUGACACCAUUUUGGUGAUACCAGGUACCCAUGAUCCUCUUUGCAUAUGCAGUUUUACAAAUUGCACCCAAGUUGGAAUAACUCUCCUAGUGGCCUCUCCCUGUUAGUCUCUCCACCUUGGAGAUCUCUGUGAACACUGACCAUAUUAGUUAACUAUUUCACAUGCAUUUUUUCCACCAUAUAUUUCCUAGUUGUGUGUAAAUUAAAGUUUGUUAGGGAUACUGUGCCAAUAACAUGAUUAAAUCUAAUAUUCUUUACAUGUAUAUUACAAGUUCACAGGUGGCUCCAUAUUCAUUCUGUAUAUUUAUUUCGGUGUAAACCAUGUUAAUUGGCCGCUAUCUGGAUUAUUAACUAGCAUGCACAUUUCAAGAAUGCAAAAUAAAUAUAAUUACUAAAUAAAAGUGGUAUCCAAUAAAAUACAAAUGGCAACAUUAACUUUGAAAUAGUAAAGCUGUGACUAUAGAAGGGUUUUUCCAAAUAAGCAAUUUUACCCUAUAUUGUCCUAUUCUAUUCUAUUCAAUUCUGAGAUUAGCGAAUAAACCCUAAAGUGAACAUCGAAUAAUAGAUCACAAUAGACUAACUGGAAGAAUUCCAAUUUAUUUUCAAGUCGACUGUUUUAACCCAGCAUUUGGAAAUCAUUCUGAAUUAGUUUUAAAUUACCAACAUUUUGUCCCUUUUGUGAAUACCUUUCUCUUAGUCAGUGGAUUUUUUAGUUACUUUAUUUGCUCUCUUGUGUUUUGGCGAUUUUGUUAAUUUACUGCUUCACAAAUAUGUUUUGUCAGAAGCGUAAUCUAAUGUAAGUUUGCUAUUUGUUGGCUAAGUGGGUUUGGCAUCUGCUGCAUUACGGACCAAGUUAUACAAGAAGUGACGAGAAGAAGAUUUCGGCUUGUCUUUGAAUCUGAUAAAAGAAGUUAAUUCAUCACCAGACUGAUAUUACUGAUGUGCCGUCACAGUGUGGAUUCAAAGUACAAAUCAAAACUUAACAGAAUUAUCAGGAAACACACAUACACUUUAGAAACCCAUUCAAACGAUCCUUAGACUUUCUUUAAGGAACAUUAAUGAUUAACAUAUAAAACUAUUAUUCAGAAUAUUUCAAAUGCUUUAAGAAAGUGGAGUCAGUCUGCCUCACCUCUCGCAGAAACAGCGUUUGGAAACUACAAGAAAAAUAAAAUAAACUGUUAGUUGGGAAUAUGAAAUGCUAAAUAAAAGGUAACUCAACUAAGAUGGAGACCUUUCAAACUGUGGCCACUUGAUAUGAACCCAUUAUUUAUUUCAUAGUCUAUGGCAUGGGUAGGCACAAUCUUUGCCACUCCAGAUGUCGUGGACUACAUCUCCUAUCAUACUCUUACAGCCAUAAUGAUGGCAAAGCAUUAAGGCAGAUGUAGUCCACAACAUGCAGAGUGGCCAAGGAUGCCUAGACUCAUCGUUCCUACUGGAUCAGUAUUAUCUGAUACCCACCUAAAAAGGGUUAACACAAAUCAAGGGGCAAUUCCAAGACUCUGUCGUGUUAGGAGUUGUUCGGGAGACCCUGAUUCUUUUUUUUUCUUUCUAUUUUCUGUCCCCCCCUUCCUACAUGGCGUUGUUCUUAUGGAUUCACCAUACAUUAAACGUAAUUUAAAAAUAAAUAUUUAUCUGUCUGCCUGUGGCCGCUCAGUAUUGCCAUUCCGUAUUUUUGUAUCACGGUGUACUGGACCUAAAGAACCAAGUUUGAUGCUUGGAAUUAGAAGUAUUGCUACUUGUGUGAAAUGAUGGCAACUUUGUCAGUUUAUCUCCAAAAUCUUUCUUUCACAGCUUCAACCAAAGUUGCCCUAUUACAACACCUGCGUAGAGACCGGGCCGUGUCCAGUGAAGGGGCCUAUCCUGUUUUUUUCUAAUACAUGCAGAUAAUAUUUAAUUAUGCAGAGUUGCCUGGCAGUAUAAACCACCAACAGAGCAAAUCUCCGCAGUGCUAGAAUGCCCAAUAAUUCCACGCGUAACACAGGGCGCUGACAUGAGGCGGGUGCAAAUGCAUUAAAUAGAGUGAUGUUUCCAGUCUGAAGAGCUGACAUUUAGUGCACUUUUGUUUCAUUUGUUUCUUUCUCAAGGACAUUUCAAUAAAUUAAAACUGAAUGGGUUCAGUGGCCAUAAAUCACGCAGUAAGUGCCUUCUUUGUGCUGGACAUGACAAACAUGAAACUCCUCCUUCCUUUGUCUUAUUGCAAAGCCCGGGCUCUAAAUAACAGAGCCAUUUAAACCCUCAGCCUUGCUGGUGCUGGUGGAGAUCUGAUUGCCGGGUGGGGGUUAGCUCCUGGCAUCAGAGGCCCCUGAUUGUAAAUCCUAAAACUUGGAAUAGGUAACUUCUCGCACCCCAGCCGGUGAGAAGCCAGUUUCCAUCUCUGGCACAGAUUCCUGUAUUUCCUCUGUCUUGUAGACAAAGUUCUCAAGGCUCUCCCAACAGUUCAGGAGAGGACAUUCUUCAAUGGGGAUACUGGCAAAACCUGAACUGAUGUUGUGGCUUGAAUGUUGUAAUGGCUAUUUCCCCCUGGGCCACUAACAGGCUACCCCAACACUGCGCUCCUUUCUACCCUGGCACUGCGCCCCUUACUACCCCAGCACCUGCCCCCUUGCUACUCCGGCACUACGCCCCUUAAUAUCCCAACAUUGCACCCCUUGCCCUUUGGCCCUUUCUACCCCAACACUGCACCCUUCCUACCCUGACACUGCGCCCCUUCCUACCCCAGCACUGCCCCCCUUGCUAUCCCGGCACUACGGCCCUUCAUACCCCAGGACUGCCCCCUUUGCUACCCCGGCACUGCGCCCCUUGCUACCCUGGCACUUUCAACCACAACACUGUGCCCCUUGCUACCCCAACACUGUGCCCCUUUCUACCCUGGCACUGUGCCUCUUCCUAACACAGUACUGCGCCCCUUUCUACCUCAGCACUGUGCCCCUUGCUACGUUGGCACUACAAGGGCUUGUGCUUGGGCUGGUGGCCCACAGUCUCAAAUCUCUCCAGGCCUGAACUGGUCCACUAAGAUAUUUAACUGGUGCCUGCAGUACCGGCUGCCAGACUAUUUUCAGUAUGUAUGACGUGGAGGUGUUUGCUAGUGGCUGUGGGUGAGAUGUGACAUUGGGGGCAAUGCUGUCACGGGGAAUACAGAUCUUUGUGAAUACUCUGUCAUGCUGAGCCGGUCAUACUGAUGGAGGUUGCAUGGAUAUUUGCUAUCACUCCGUAUCCAGCAUUCUCCAUCUGUCACACCCAGAUAUUGUUUGUGAAUAGGACCAACCACACAGACUGGUGAGCAAAAAAGGACAUUCAUUCGCACGUGUUCCUAUGGCCAAAUGUUGCUAGCUCUUCCCUGGAGUUUGGCUUGGGAAUCAUUGUUCUAAAGUGAGCAAGGAUUUAUGGUCUAACAUGACUUCUCUAGAACUAUUACGAGUAACGCAAGAAGGACGGACAUGCCCUCUAGAUUACCAGUUCUUUAAUACGUAAGAAGUGGAGGUGCUUUCUUUAUAAGAUAUUAUAAUGUAUGCAGGUUACUUCCAUCACACUACGAGAUACAUUAUUACAAGGACUGUGUGAGCCAACCAAUCAGCAUUUACUGACAUACCUGCCGGUGUGUAAUACUAGUAUACAAUUAAUAAAUAAAUAACGCUUCCAUUCGAUGUACUAACAGCAUGGCCAGCCAUCCGCAGUGAGAUGUAGCCAUUGCAUAGAAUUCUGAAUGAAGGAUGACUGUACUGGCAAUGACUCAACCUUCAGCUGGCUGAGAAUGAUGGUGGUUGUAUACCAAUAAUAGCUGGAAGAUCCAAGGCUUGCUUAGGGGCUUUGGAACAUCAACAUUUUAACUGUGGGAAGAAACUAGUCUAGAGUACACUAAGCUUUGUAAAGAGCUCCCUUCCCACCCCAGUGAGCAGGGUUAGUGGUUGGGGUGUGCAUGGGAUGUGUGUUAGUUGUGGGAUUGUUUAAAGGGAGUGUAGUGUGUGCUUUGUUCUGCAUGUGUAACCUAAUAAGUAAUCUGUUAAUGCCUGUAAAAGAUGUGGCAUUAAUAAAGGGUAUAUUAAGCUCAAAUAAAUCAACAUUUCAUUUUGUAAUUUAACUACAUUAUGUUCUGGGUAAUCUCUCUCUUUCUUUAGGGGUAAUGGGGCACUCACAGUGACACAGAUCUCUCUGCCCUGCAUCCUCUGCAUUGGGGAUAAGAGAGCAAGGAGAAUAGAUCUGUGCGGCUCGAUUAGGGUUAGUCCUGAACCUCUCUAGGACUCAAUGUAACAGGAAGGGGUGAGUUCAGGGGCAUUAAAUCAUCCAACAUCAUUCCUUAAAUCUAAUCCCUAAUGCACAGAGAUAACUAAGUGGUACUUCAAAUGAUAGAAAACCAACAGCACACAAACUAUGACAAAUUAUAAAUUCUAAAAAGGAUUAAAAAAUAUAUCUAUAUAAAAAAAAAUAGAAUAAAAUAAUAGAAUGUAUAGCCAAUUUCAGAACCCAAAUGAUUUCAAAGCUAUAAAUCUUAUUUAAAAAAUACAUUACUGUGUGGCAGUAUCUAUCUAUCUAUCUAUCACUCUAUCUAUCUAUCUAUCUAUCUAUCUAUCUAUCUAUCUAUCUAUCUAUCUAUCUACCACACUAUCUAUCUAUCUAUCUAUCUAUCUAUCUAUCUAUCUAUCUAUCUAUCUAUUUAUUUAUCUAUCUAUCUAUCUCUCUCAUGCAUUACACAAUGUCAUUUAUUUAUUCAGUGUGUUUAAUAUUUAAUUAAUGUUUCUUUCAUUCCAUAGCAAUGUAUGCUACUAAUAUAAACUGAGUAAAACUGUUUGGUUUAAUGAUUAAAUUAUUGGCUGAACAAAGGCUCACAGUCUCCUGUCUUAUUGCCUUCCCAGCAAACACAGAGCUUGCUGUUAUUAAUACGCUUAUUAAUUCUGUACAUUUUAUUGACAGAAGAUAAGAAGUGUUUAGUUUUCCACUUUGCAAAAAGGUGUAAUUUAGAUCAUACCGUGGGUCUGUUAUUAACAGUUGUCAAAUAUUUAGAAUUUGUUUGUUUGGUUUUUUUUGUGUGUAUUUUUUUUAUUUUAUUUUCAGGUUAGUGUAACAAUUAAGCAUCUUUUUUGUUCUAAGUUGUAGUUGUUUUCACAACACAAUUUUUUAAAAAAAAUACUUUGCUUUAGAUGUAAUUGUUUGUACACUCAAAGCAGUUUAUUCACAAAGCUCCAAAUUGUAGUGAAUUAAGAUCCAAAUGGUACAAAAUAGGACUAAAUUAAUAGAUCUUUUGUUCCUAAAUAUUCUCAUUCGGGUUUUAACACACAACAAUUCGGAGUUCAGCGUUUAUACCCCUAAAUAUAUAUUGUUGCGUUGUGUGCCUCUGGUUUGCUUUUCCAAAAUAUGGGCAAUUUUAAAAGAAAAAAUAUAUAUUUCGCAAAAAUAAAUAAAAAUUCCAAAUUUAAAUACAUUUAUUUGUUUGGGGAGACCAAAAUAAAUAAAAAAAUGUCUUCAUUUUGAAGUUGAUUUGUUAAUUUCACAGAUUCUGUACAGCUCUGCAGUUUCUAUUUGCGGUACUCUGCUCCUGACUCUGUUUGCAAUUUAUUUAUUUUUUUAAAAAGGAGUUCAGCUCCAGGGACAGGCUACCAUUCUAUGAUAUGAUAAUAAAUUUAAAGCAACAUGGUGCUGUUAUAAUAAACUAUAUAACUUUAAAAUGUAAGGGGCUCACUUAGUUUCAUAUUUUUUUAUUUGCUAUAUACAAAAAAUAAAUUAUAACACUAUUUAUUUUUUAUGGUACCCAUAAUAGAACAUCACUUCUAGUAAUCGUGACAUUGUAUUUCUGUUUAGUAACAUCCACAAAAUACUCUUGUUGGGGAUUUGUUGAGAUAAAUAUUGCCAGUAUACUCUACUAGUAUAUGCCAUUGACAUCAUAUGAUUUACAUGGGGACCAGGGACCAUACCAACCUGCAAUAUACUUCUUUAGCAUUAUUUCAGUGAUGGUUGUUGAUGUAAAAGGAGAGGAAAAAAGAUUUAAGUUUGACCAGAAUAGACAAUGGAGAGACUGAUCUAAUAAGAAAUCUUAACACCCUAAUCUAUCCUUUGUACAGUCCUUCAAUCUGUUUCUUUUCUGCUGUUUAUUCUCUGUAAUACCUGUAGAAAUUCUCUCAGACCUUCCUGAUGUUACCCGUGAUGUAGGUGCACCCCAGCCUUCUGCUGUCUGGGUAACUGCUAUCUUGAAUACAGUGACUUCUGUCUCUCCCUGUAUCAUAUCUCCCAACAGUGGAAAGUAUGAAUUCAGGGUGUGACGGUGUUGGGAGAGCAGCCCCAGUCAGGGUAGCCAUGUACAAAGCGUUAUUGAAGCCCUUUCACAGGCGGGGAAUGUCGUCAGCUCAGUUUGCACAGUGUGCAUGUUUAAUCAUGUGCUCACGUUGGGUUUGUUUCAUCAGGGAACAAACCCAGGAUAAACUGUCAGGAACCUCAAAUCAGGACUGUCCUACCUUCCCCAGGACUGUUAGGAGGAAUGUGGAUGUGUGCAGGGAUCAACUGAUAUAAUUUUUUUCAGAACUCAUGCCAAUACAGAUUAUCGGUCGCCUUUUCGGGUCGAUUGAUGAUAGCCGCUGCCAAUAUUCUCCACAAAGUUUUGAAAAAGUAACACAAUUAUAUAAAUAAAUCUGGCACUAACUGAACAUGCUGACGGCAAUCACACUCUUAUCACUCUCAGGAAUAGACAACUAUCAGUGUGGCCACACAAAACAAGGUAUGAGGAACUGGAUAAAAAAAAUCCAGUUAUAGCGAAAAAGAUAGUACUCACAAAUGCAGGAAAACCUCUCACUGCUGCGCAAACAGUGACAAUCCACAGUACAAAUCAAACAAAUAGAGGCUGCGCAAAAUGUUGCUAUGUGCACAAACAAAGUGCUGCCAAAAUUUAUUGGAGGACAAAAUAAUAAACAAACGUUCCGGUUACACCAUGAUGCAUUGAAAAAGGGUUGUACCCGAAACGUUUGUUUAUUAUUUUGGCAUCACUUUUUUUUGUGCACAUAGCAACAUUUUGCGCAGCCUCUAUUUGUUUGAUUUGCACUCUCAGGAAUAGUGAGAUGUCAGCAAGUACUGAUAGGAGUCUGAUUGCUGUCAGCAGUCACACUCAAUCACUCUCAGACAGCGAGUACAUGUUGGGAUCCCUGAGAUCCCAACAUGUACAGUGCUGUUACCAAGAGAAGUUUGAUUGCUGACAGCAAUCACACUCCUAUCACUCUCAGUAAGCCAGCCCAGUACAUUACAGUAGAUUAUUCACUGUUUCACCUCCCUGACUCACAGGGAGCGGGUUAACGUGAGGUCACGGUGUGGCGCAUCAUUGGUUGCCAGCCAGAGUUUCUGGAUGCAAAAAACAGAGUGUGGUGACUGGUAGAGAUGAGUAAGUUAUCAGUAAUAGCGAUAAAUUACAAGGUCGAUACCGAUACCGAUAUCAGAUGCAGAAUAUUGGCUUUAAUUAUCAGAGGAACCGAUAAUCCUUCUAUCCCUAAUGUACACACAUAUAUAUAAUAUAUAAAUCUUCCAAAGGAAACAUUAUUUAAUUAUUUGUUUUGGGAAACAUUUCUUUGAUCCCAAACUGCAGUUUACCUUUCAGUGACUCAUUCCCAAAUGAACUACUGACAUCGCAAGCCAAGGUUCAAAACCAGCGGAACAGCAGAAAGGGAACACUCUGCCAAAAGCAAAGAUAAAUGAAUAAGUGCUUUAGAUUCUGGCAAUCAAUAUUAGCAAGCUGUCUUUAUCAGCUGUCUUAAUAACUAGUGAUUGGUCUACAAACACAGAUAGACACCCAGUUUAUAGAAUGGUUUACACAGCGUUAUCUGGAACGCAGAGGGGCAGGUCAGAGUGCACCAGCGCUCAGAGGUGGCUGCGAAGGGGAAAUUUGCUCGCCCGUGUAAAUAUUAUCAUUAGGUGUGAAUCGCGGACUCACAAUAGAGCUGCAGCAGAUUUAAGUACCUGCUCAUUGUGUGCGUUAGCUGUGUAGCAAUGAAGGCCUUUCAUUCCUGCUUUGCUUUAUUUGAGAUGGAUGAGGUUAUUAGAUGAAUUGAUCCUUACUUAUCUUUAAACUUUCUUUGUUGUUUCUGACCUUUCCUCGGAUUAACCUACCGAGGCCUUGCAUGGUAUAAACUCAUACGGGAAGGAAUGAUAUGAGUGCUCACGAUAAAUUAAAAAAUUAACUAUGAAAGCUGAGACGGGUGAAUCAGAAAUCACGUCAUGUCUAAAAACAAAGUCUCUUAGAUUUGUUGCAUUGGUUGGACUUUUAUAUCAUUUAUUAUACUAGCAAUUACUCAAAAAUCUCAGGAUCCAGCGAUAGUGCUGCGUUUGAUAGUACUUUGGGAUCUUUUUACUUCCUCCACCCACUCCUGCCCCUUCUAUUUUUCUUCUCUUUAUUAAACUUCAUUUUUUUUGUAAAUCAAAUUUAUUUUGUUUUCAACGUAGCAAACUCAAACAUGCGCUCCUAGGAAUGCAAAGAGCAGGUAGCAUAAUAACACAGAAUUACAAAUCUGUUGUAAACAGCCAUUCGCUACAUCGUGUACACCGGCUCAGUAUAUCAUUUUUUGAUUUUGAUUAAAUUCUGACAAAACAUUUCAAAUUGUUUGAGCAUUAUAUCCUCCUACUUAAAGGACCACUAUAGACACCCAGACCACUUCAGCUCAAGGGUUAACCCUUUCUGCUGUAAACAUACACUAGGGUUAAUCCAGCCUCUAGUGGCUGUCUCAUUGACAGCCGCUAGAGGCACUUCCGCGCUUCUCACUGUAAUUUUAACAGUGAGAAGACGCCAGCGUCCAUAGGAAAGCAUUGAGAAUGCUUUCCUAUGAGACUGGCUGAAUGUGCGCGUGGCUCAUGCCGUGCAUGCGCAUUCAGCCACUGAUGGGGAAAGGAGGAGGAGAGUCCCCAGCGCCGAGGGAGCCCGGCGCUGGAAAAAAGGUAAGGGAUUAACCCCUUCCUCACCCUAGAGCCCGGCGGGAGGAGGGCCCUGAGGGUGAGGGGGACCCAAGGACCCUAUAGAGCCAGGAAAACGAGUAUGUUUUCCUGGCACUAUAGUGGUCCUUUAAUUGAAUUCUCUCAAAAUUAUUGUAUAUAAUUCUCAAUAUUUUAAUUCCAAAAAGAUCCUCAGGAUUCCAGGUGUAUUCGGUUUAAUAAGACCUACCACUUCAUACAACUUUUCUUCACUUAUUUAUAAGAAGUAUAACAAAUACUAAAAUAUAUACUUUAACCCAUUAAGGACCAAACUUCUGGAAUAAAAGGGAAUCAUGACAUGCCACACAUGUCAUGUGUCCUUAAGGGGUUAAAGGGACACUAUAGUCACCUGAACAACUUUAGCUUAAUACGAAAGAAAAAAAUGUAAACCGCGCUUUUAUAAAUAUAAAUAAUACAUACAUAUACUUGUAGGUAAUUCCAAUGAGUCAGAGAUCUCGGAAUAAAUAAAAUAAAUAAUAGUGCAAUACAGUAACAAUAAAUAUUAUGAGAUGGUGAUUAUAGCUUGUAGUUCAAUCCACUCACAUUUGUAUGAGCUAUAACAGAGCUCAGCUGUAGUGCGCUUGGACGGUAUAAUCCCCGUCUUAGGAUGUGAUGUUCCAAUUGGUCCAGAUAUUUUGAAGUGCAGUAUGCGUAGUAAAAAAAAAAAAGAAAUAGCAGCCAAUAGUGAAGUAAGUACUAUUGAUGGAAUUAAUAGAAAUUUGGUAAUGUACUUACAAUUUUCUGAGCAUAUAACUUGCUCUAGUAUAAACAGUUUAGGUGGUAUAAUCCCCACCGAGGAUAUGCAGAAUCCAGGAAGUAAAAAAUGAAUAUAAAAGUAACUAAUUAAAAGUAUACUUUAAUAUAAAACAAAACAUAAUAUAAACAUAAAAUAUGUAAAAGAAAGUCCCACUUAACGUGUUUCGCCCGGUAGGCUUCUUCAGAAGCAAUUAGACCACACUUCUGAAGAAGCCUACUGGGCGAAACGCGUUAAGUGGGACUUUCUUUUACAUAUUUUAUAUAUUUCAUAGCUUAAUGAAGCAGUUUUGAUGUAUAGAACAUGCCCCUGCAGCCUCACUGCUCAAUCCUCUGCCAUUUAGGAGUUAAAUCCCUUUGUUUAUGAACCCUAGUCACACCUCCCUGCAUGUGACUUGCACAGCCUUCCAUAAACACUUCCUGUAAAGAGAGCCCUAUUUAGGCUUUCUUUAUUGCAAGUUCUGUUUAAUUAAGAUUUUCUUAUCCCCGGCUAUGUUAAUAGCUUGCUAGACCCUGCAAGAGCCUCCUGUAUGUGAUUAAAGUUCAAUUUAGAGAUUGAGAUACAAUUAUUUAAGGUAAAUUACAGCUGUUUGAAAGUGAAACCAGUUUUUUUUCAUGCAGGCUCUGUCAAUCAUGGCCAGGGGAGGUGUGGCUAGGGCUGCAUAAACAGAAACAAAGUGAUUUAACUCCCAAAUGACAGUGAAUUGAGCAGUGAAAUUGCAGGGGAAUGAUCUAUACAUGAAAACUGCUUUAUUUAGCUAACUAAAUUAACUAUAUUUGUAGAAUCCUCCUCAGAGGAAGACUCACUGAAACCAUCACAGGUUAUUUACAAAACAUCUUGCAGCCCAUCUCGCCCAAGGUCGUUAACAUUGGAUCAUUAUAAAUAGAGAUAAAUGCAAAGGAAAGUGUUAAUCUCCCAAAAUAUACGAUAUAACAUUUGGUGAUUUGGCAGAACUCUCUCUCUCUCUCUAUAGCUAUAUAUAUAUAUUUAUACUUAUAUAGGCCAGCGCUCAAUCAUUUGCCUUUUUUUACACAAAAAAUCCUAAAUGUCUGCCCUAGCCACAGGUAGUUCAUUUGCAAAGUCCAGCUUUAACCAUGAAUUAUCGCACAAACUAAGUGUAGAAAAAAGUAGGAAGGAAACAAGAGAACUUCAGGAGAAUCUGAAUGUAUAUUGAUUAAUCUUCAACAAACGUUAGUGCUUUAGCUAUCUAUUGCAAAUAAUAUUCCCUGGUCUAAGGGCAACGUUUUAUUAUAUUUGAUAUGAAAUGAUUAUGUUUUAUAAAAACAUAUACUGUACAAAUAUCAGUUGUAUAUAACAUUAUACCAUUGUAUUAUUAUAUUGAAAACACUUUAAGAAAUAGUUGUGAAAAAAGUAAAUCUUAACCUACUAGGGAAAUUUAAGGAUAGCAUUAAGUGCCUCCAUCUGAAGUCCAACCCAAUAAUGAUUCAGAGUAAUAAUCUGUGUUCUCCUUUUUAACUUUUCCAGCCUCUAACCAACCCGGCCUGAUUGGGAAAUGCAGACGGCCCAGAACGGCCUUCACCAGUCAGCAACUCUUGGAGCUGGAGAAUCAAUUUAAACUUAAUAAAUAUUUAUCACGACCCAAGCGUUUCGAGGUGGCGACUGCUCUCAUGUUGACUGAGACACAGGUGGGUGCAGUAAAUGGCAUUAGUAUCCUGUGGUCACUCCCCAGAGAUGCUGUUGUGAAUUCACCAUAUUACUUACCAUCAGUUCUACAAACGUGGCUCUGCAAAUGUUGUUAUUGUCCAUAAAAAGCAGGCUGGGUGAUAGACAGUUAAUUCAGAAAUAGAGAACAAAGGGGAAACCGAGUUUCCAAUAAAGUGUGAUUGCAAGCUCUUUAGACCAGGUCUCAUGAAUAAAACUACAGACAUAUGUACUAUUUUGUAACAUGAUGGCCACCAAUACAAGUUUAUUGGUUUAUGUUCCUAUUUCCCAACUCAGUGGAACUCAUUCUAUCAACCUCAGGGGGAUAAAAGUGGAAAAUUCUAGGCAUAAACCUGUUGUUUCUCAUCCAGUGUAGCUGAGCUACCUCAUCGUCCACACUGUGUUACCUUAAAAAAUUCAUAGAGCCCCCAUAAAAUCACAGUCAAGGUUCCAAAUUGAAUUUGGAUUCAUAUAUAUAUAUAUGUGCUUCUUUUUGGAUCAUUGUUCCGACUGUAGUCCAGAACGGUACACAGUGGACAGAGUAAUUAUUAUUAAGCAGGCUAUUCAUAAAAAUCUAGAAUUAUGGUAGUUUUAAUAAAUAAAUGUGACCGUUAUAAAACAAAUGCCCGAUGUUGUCUUAUAAUUCACUCUCUGAAAGCUCACUAAAACUAAUAUCUUUCAAUGAAGAGUCUACCGUUGUAACACGAGUUACAUGAAUUGCUGAAAUUUGCACAUAGUGCCUUUAUUACCACUUUAGCUCAGUGUCUUUUUCUCUUAAGGUUGAAUGCAACAAAUAUUGCCUGCCCUAUGUUACUCUGUUCGUCAGUGGUAGAAUGUGAGAUAGCUCAGUUGGUUAAAGCACCAACUGUUCCCCUGGUUACAGGCUCUGAUUCCUACAUGGUCACAUGACUUUCAUUCUACUGAUAACAUACAUAUCCCAGAUACACUUAAAAAAUGUAAGAAAAUCAAUGUGCCCUUUUCCAAAAAAUCUUGGUUACAUUUGUCUUUUGCACUUUCUAGACGUGUUUAGUUUAAGUAGGUUGUGCCCUCUAGUGUUCAGAUUGAAAAACAUUUUCUCCACGACCGAAGCUCAGAGCUGCAGAGCAUUCACACACAGGCGACAGAAUUUGACAUACAAUAGACACAGAAGGCACUGAUGGCUACCUAAAAGGAGUCCUCUUUCUCUAAAUAUGCCCAUUUGUGGUUCGUUAAACACGCAACAAAAAGCUUUUUAGUACAUUUAAAUAAGUUGUGUUAGUGACCAGCGUUUCCCUUUGAAUACAAAUAUGUCAUUCCAUUUUUGGAUUUGAAACUCCAGACACAUUUAUCUUUUUGUGUAUCAGGUUGUAGGGAAUAAACACCUUAGAGAAAAGUGCACGGCAACGCAGAAAUAAAAUGUCCACUACAAUGCACAAAAAUACAAAAAUAAAAGGUUUACUACAAGGCACAAAAAUACAAUGAGAAAGACAUAUUUGUAAGUGUGUCAUGUAUUUAACUAAAAAACAUUUCCUGUUGGGCAUGAAUAAGUGAUAGUGACUCUCAUUAAAACUCUUUUCAGGUAAAAAUCUGGUUCCAGAACCGCAGGAUGAAAUGGAAGCGGAGUCGAAAGGCUAAAGAACAAGGACCAAUCUGCCAAGGAGACAAACCAAGAGGUGGAGGAAAGAUAGUAACUGAAAAUACACCGAAUGAAGAUAUAGAGGAUGAAGAGGAAGAUGGAGACUUUCACAGUCCUGAUCGAAGCACGGACAUCUUGAGGCAUACCGCACAGCUGAGCUACAGCCCAGAAUCCUUAAGCUCAGAAGAAGACAAUAUUACUGCACCUUCUCCAUGAGAUGGAACACAUUGGAUGUUCUCAUGGAUAGAUGGACUUCAGGUGCUCAACAACACCGAACUUAAUUUUAUUUAUUUAUCAAAGGCCAUAAAAUUCCACUCAAAUGUGGAGAGUAAAGACCUAGCAAUGAUAUUUAAUUUAUAUGUAUUUAAUGUCUAAUUAUCUGCCAUGGGAACUAUGAGUUGGGUUGGGGCUAUAAUGGUACUAGUGAAGAGUGAUACAGAACAGGGGAACAGCUCGGAACUGAUCUAUUAAUUCCUGAACUUUAUGAUCUAUUAAUUCAUGAACUUUAUGUUGGAAGUCGGCCAGGAGUGGCUGGACUAUUUCUGGUGGUCAUUGGACUACUGGGCCAUUUCUGAGCACUCUCUCUGGAUUUUCCCAUAGUUUUAUGUGUGGUGAGUGAGGACAGGACUGACAAAUAUUCUUAGGACUUGUUUUUCUCAGCCUAAAGAAGUGUAUAUAGAGAUAUUGCCUUUCCUAUCAAGCAAUGAUCAUUACUUAAGAAAUCAUAGCAAUAUAAUGUGCCAAAUAAACAGAGACACCCAUUGAGAAACACUUUGCUGUCUAUACAAAGUAUAAUCUGUCUAUGAGCAUAUGGUAACCAACAGUUUCUGAGAAAGAUUCCAAAUGUCUGAGAGAGUCCAACACCUUCCAUGAUAAUAACAUCCUCACCACCACAGCUUGCAUUCAUCCCGGGGCCAUGCUAUUAUGUCUGUAUUAGAGUCAUAUAAUUGCACCUGUAUAUCAAGUGGUUCUUUUGGUUAAAACAAAAACAUAGUUUGGCCUAUAUUGAACAAAUGGCACUUCACAACCAUAAAAGGCCUGUCUUAUAUAUAAGCGUCUUAAAGGCUUUGUUGGGCAAAAUAGGUUUAUAGGCCAUCCUUCAGAAGAUAUUGAAGAGAGACUUAUGAAAUGAUGACAUAAGUUUAUUAUAAUGUUUUAUCUCAAUAUAUAUUUUUUAAAAUAGCAUAUGUUUUUGUUUGUUUUUAAAAUAAUUUACAGAUAAACCCAUUAUGUCUCUCUAAAACUUUAAGUUAUGCCCAGUAGCCUUGUUGGUCUGUUAUCUAGAAUGAUCCUAC